GGCACAACACUCGAACACACGCGACACACAGCAAGCACGAAGGUAGCAGAGGAGAGACGGCGAAAAAAACUAUCGCACGCUAGGCAUUUGAAGUAGGUAUAGGCGAGCAGGACCUGGCUCUACGCUCGCGCUCAGAACGCGCGUCGUACAUAAGACAGGCCGAUUUGUUGUUGGUACAGGAGGUGCGUGUUGAACCAAACACGAACACAUACAACAUAAGGGGCUCACGAGACUUGAGAGCUGAUGAUCUCCGCAGCAGUACGAAACGGUGCGAGGAGAGCCUCGUCGAACGUACCCGCCGCCGCACGGGCGCAGCAGCAGCGAUGCUUCGCCGUGGGCCAGAACCACGAGAUCUGGCGGGAUCAGUCCGACACCACGGACAACACGCCCAAGGUGAAGCGUCGCGACGGCACCUUCGGAAACAUCGACAAGACGAGAGGGUUUAUCGACUACUAUCGCAACCCGGACCCGUACCGUGACCCCCUGGAGCGCGUGUUUGACUGGGGGGAGAUCAACGAUGCGAGCCACGAUGAAGUGGAGCGAACGGUGCAGGCGGCACGCUGCAUGGACUGCGGCACUCCCUUCUGCCAGACGCAUACCGGAUGCCCCAUUCACAACCUCAUCCCCGAGUGGAAUGAGCUGGUGUUCAAGGGCGCUUGGCGGGAUGCCAUCGAGAAUCUCCACAAGACGAACAACUUCCCGGAGUUCACGGGACGCGUCUGCCCCGCCCCAUGCGAGGGGGCCUGCGUUGCAGGGCUGAUAGACUCACCGGUGACGAUCAAGAGCAUCGAGUACUCCAUCAUCGAGCGGGCUUUCGAGGAGGGCUGGGUGGUGCCUCGCAUCCCCACCCACCGCACCGGGAUGAACGUGGCUGUCGUGGGGUCGGGUCCGGCCGGCCUUGCCGCUGCCGACCAGCUUAACCAGAUGGGCCACAAGGUGACCGUGUACGAGCGCGAAGACCGCGUCGGCGGGCUGCUGAUGUACGGCAUCCCCAACAUGAAGCUAGACAAGGACACGGUCAAGCGCCGCAUUGACCUCCUUGCGGAAGAAGGCAUCGAGUUCGUCACUGGGGCCAACAUCGGCGUGGACGUGGACGUGAACGACGUGCGGGCGUCGUGCGACGCCCUCGUGCUCACGGUGGGGUCCACCAAGCCGAGGGACUUGCCAGUGCCGGGGCGUGAGCUCAAGGGGGUCCAUUUCGCGAUGGAGUUCCUCACCAAGAACCAAAAGCGGCUGCUGAUGACCGGUGACGGAAAGCUGGAAAGCAACUGGGAUGGCGGUUUCAUCUCUGCUGAGGGCAAGGACGUCAUCGUCAUCGGAGGUGGCGACACCGGCACGGACUGCAUCGGUACCUCCAUGAGGCACCGCUGCCGUUCCAUGGUGAACUUCGAGCUGCUGCCCCAGCCUCCUGACUCACGCGCCCCGGGCAACCCGUGGCCCCAGUGGCCCAAGAUCUUCGGUAUCGACUACGGCCACGGCGAGGUGAGGGCCGUGUUCGGCGAGGACCCCCGUCAGUACUCCGUCAUGACGAAGGAAUUCCUAUCAGACGACGACGGCAACGUGCGCGGCCUCAUCACGGUGGAGGUCGAGGUCACGAAGGACGGCAUCAAGCAAAUCGAAGGAACGGAGAAGGAGUGGCCGGCGCAGCUGGUGGUGCUGGCCAUGGGUUUCGUCAGCCCCGAGUCCGCGAUUUCCAAGCCGCUCAAGCUUGAGCUCGACCAGCGCGAGAACAUCCACGCGCCGUAUGGGGACUACCGCACCAACGCGGAAGGCGUAUUUUCAGCGGGCGACUGCCGCCGAGGCCAGUCGUUGGUCGUGUGGGCCAUCAACGAGGGUCGCGGGGCCGCGGACGCCGUGAAUUCUUACCUCGCGGCGAAGGCCGAGCAGCAGAUGGAAGAAGAGACUUUCAUCGGAGCGAUGUAAACAUUUUGGGGGGACAAGCGUCCUCAAGUAGACCACGACAGCCGCGGAGGCAAAGGAGUCGCUCGUGCAGUGGCAUCGCGCGGCGUGUAGGGUGAUGGCGAUGAUGACGAGACGUACAUGCGUGCAAUCCCAAUGCAAAGUUUGCCUUUCGCCGCCCCGUGUUUCCUGGGCGUGCUGCGUGAGCGCGUGAGUUAGUUCGUUGGCAUUUUGUUACGGCGCACUCCAGUGUACUUGAAGUAUGAUACUACUGUGUUGCUUUUGCUCGGGAAGGUGGCCUGGGAGGUUUGGUUUGUGCACCUACAAGGAGGCUGUUCCUCGUAAUUUGGUGACGUGAACCCCGCCGAGAGGACCCGGCUUGCUUGUUUUCGAGGAAGGUGUGCGAGCGCGACCCUCCCCGUUGGCAACACACGAAAAAGGCGGAGGUGCCAGCCUCGCACAAGUAGUGGCGAGUCGGGGACUACUGUGGUCGCUUGUUUCGUGUGUCGCGCUUGGCACGUGUCCGGGGCUGGGGAUUAUGUCGUUCUCAAAUUCGACGCAGAUCGGGGUUGGGGUAGGGUACGGUGCAGCAAGACUGGCCCCUCUCUCCCAGCCGCCCUGUUAGGGCUGUAGAUCCCCAGUUUGGUGUUGAUUGCAGUUGAUUGGAGACUGCUAUGGGGGCUAUGGGUUACAAAGUGGUUACGAAUCAGACAACCGAUCUGCGCGCACGUGGGCCGGCCCACGAGGCGGCAGGCUGUCUCUUGAGAUUCACGAGCACCAAGCCUUCCUCAGACGCGCCCCUUCCGAGACCGGCCUAACCUUGACGGACCUCGAUUUGUUUUCGAGUUUUAGGGGGUGGGAAGGAACAGAGGGAAGAGCCUGCUGUAUCUGUUUCUUUCGUGUAUCAUGCAUUCUAUUGGGGGCGGUAAACGGGUGUUGCAGUGUAUAGUUCGACAAUCGACUUCGUGCUAAUGUUUUUUGUGGAUUU